AUGACAAAUUCUGAUAACGAGUGCUUUUUGGGUGGAAAGGUGACCGAUUUGCAACGCAAAGGCAAACGGAGAUGUAAAAUUCCUGAUCUUCAGAAAUAUGAAAAUAAAGAAAAAUGUAAAUGUACUGAAUACGAUUCUGAAUGUGAUAGUUAUUUGCGUGAAGAUGGUAAAUGCAAAUUUGAAGGAGUAGAUUUAACAGAAAAAAUAAAUAAAAAUUUCAGUGAGACAGAUAAUGAUGAUAUUAUUACAAAAACGAAUAUCUUCGAAUCUCCAAUUACGGAUUACCUUUAUUUUACGAGUACAGACACAAUCCUCAUUCGCGUAAAUAAUCAAGUUUGGAAGAGUACAGAUCAAGGAUCUUCAUGGGCACACAUUGACGGGCUCAACGAUGUUCUUGCAAUGUUCAAAAAUCCUUAUUUUAAUGAUGAUGCAUACUUCAUAAAGCUUUCUAAUACUUUACAUUAUACAACCGAUUCUGCUAAAAGUAUUAAAAAUAUAAGUGUAGACUUGAAGCCCAACAUUCUUGGCAUACCAGUUCUCGAUUUUCAUCCAACAUAUCGUGAUUGGCUUAUUUAUACAGCGAGCGACGGAUGUGAAAGUAAUUGCCACUCAGUUAAAACUGGGUCGCAAAAGUCAUUUUACGAUAAUCCGCUUCAACUUUGGUCAACAAGAGAUUUUGGAGCAAAUAUAAAUAUACUAUUUCGCAAUAUUAUCGGAUUUGCUACAUUUGAAGAUUUUAUGGUGGUUGCUGAGUCACUUCCUAAUCAGAAACUUCAACUUUCGGCAUCUAUGGAUGGAGAAAAUUUUGCAAAAACACAGUAUCCACCUAACAUGAAUGUACAAGAUGCAUAUACGGUUUUAGAAUCUACGACUGGUUCUAUCAUAUUACAUGCAACAACAUCUUCUCGUAAUCUGUGGGGAAAUAUAAUGAAAUCAAAUUAUAAUGGAACUUAUUAUACUCUUUCUCUGAAAAAUGUCAAUCGUGAUGACAGGGGCUUCGUUGAUUUUGAAAAAAUGCAAGGGAUAGAAGGAAUUGCCCUAGCUAAUGUAGUUAGCAACACUAAUGAAAUAAUCAUUGGUGGAUCGGUUAAAAAACUUCAAUCAAGAAUUACAUUUAAUGAUGGUGGCACGUGGCGAAAGUUGACUCCACCCACAAAGGAUUCAGAAGGCGAGCCAUAUAAUAAUUGUAUUGGUUGCACCUUACACCUUCAUAGUUAUACGGAACGGAGAGAUCCCCGAGACACUUUUAGCUCCUCUUCAGCUGUAGGAUUAAUGAUUGGUGUAGGCAAUGUUGGAGAUUAUCUCUCUCCUUACUCGGAUGGCGAUACAUUCUUGACCCGAGAUGGUGGUGUCACAUGGACUGAAGUUAAAAAAGGUGCAUAUAUGUAUGGAUUUGGAGCUCAAGGUUCUAUUCUGGUUUUAGUAGAUGAUGAAGCUCCCACAAAUCAUAUUUUUUAUUCUUUCAAUGAGGGCAAAACUUGGACAAAACAUGAGUUCACAACAGAUAAACCUAUUAAAGUCCAUGACAUCUUAACACAUCCUAACGGUACUAAAAAGGAAUUCCUUUUGCGAGGACGUUAUAAAGGCGAUCAUGAUAGUGAAGUGGUGGUUUAUCUCAACUUUGCUCCCAAGUUGACCGAGAAAUGUAAACUUGAUGAUGAUUUUAACUUAUGGACACCUAAACAUCCGGAACAUACACAUGAAUGUUUGUUCGGCCACACGGCGAGUUAUUACCAGAGGAACCUUAAACGUGAUUGUUAUAUUGAUGAAGACUUUACGCAAUCGAAAAAAAUUGAGAAAAACUGCACAUGCGAUGAAUACGACUUUGAAUGUGACUUCAACUAUGUUCGAGAUAAAAAUAAGAGUUGCACAUUGGUUUCUAAUCACACACCUUUACAACUAACUAUUCAAGAAAUGUGUGCUAAUGGUGCGAAAGUUUGGUACAAUGGAUCCGGCUACCGUAAAAUUCCUAUUUCGACAUGCUCUGGUGGCGAAGAAGCUUACUUAGGCGAACCUCAUUGGUGUCCUAGUGAAGGUUAUUCUGCCACUAAUUUGAUUAUCUUCAUGGUUGUUGUUUUUGGAGCUAUCAUUGCAUGUUGCAUGUUUAGGAAGCGCAAUCGAUACUCAUAUUUAUCUCAAGGACGCAUUCGUCUUGGAGAUCCUAUGACAGAUUCUCAAUCAUUUCUGUCAAAUAUGCUUGAAUCAUUUAUGGACAUUAUUUCACAAAUCCUUUCAAAGAUUUCUUUACCAAGAUCUAGCAGCAGAUAUAGAUAUAGACCCGUAUCUCAAGAUGAUCCUAAUGAUGUUUUGUUAAACGAAUAUGAUGAUGAUAAUCAAGAGUUGUAA